ACUUUGACGGACGGCCAGACGACGAGCAAAUCAUUGCUACGUCAUUAUCGAAAUAUUCUGUAGUACUGUGACGUUAUUCACUUUUGUCGUUUCAAAGCAACUGUUAGGUUUUAGAAAAUGCUCAGGCCCUAUUGUAACAAUACAGUUUUGACCAUCUGUCUUGAGUAAGAUCAACAGAAGUUCACCGUCAAAUGACACUUCCACCGUGCCAAUACAAGCCGGACAUGAUUGUCCAUUCUGUAAAAUUCCACUGAUUUUCAAAUUAAAACUAUUUCUUUUUUCUCCUUUUUCUACAGCAAUGCUUGAUAAAUUAACACGGUGUCGGUAUUUGUUUGGAUGAAUUUGCUGACUGUUACUUGUAAAGUUCUCUAGCCGUUUAGGCAGUGACAGUAGGAUCGAUAUUUGCCAGUGUAACUUGUGGUCAGUAAAGUGAAAAAUCGUCAAGGGUGAAGAUGAUGUGCACUUGUAAAGUAUUCGUCAGAUGUUUCAUAUCCAAAAGUAAACUUUUGUUAAACGGAUGUGGGACUCAGUGUCAUGUGCAGACGUCCAGAGGUUUUGGAACAUGGAACAAGUUGAGAACAGAAGGCUGUGUUAUAAAGUCGACAGUCGAGAGUGCACCGUCUACAGCAUUGCAAAAAAGUACAGACAGCAGUGCAAUUAAUUUUUUUCAGAAAACUUUCUCAAGAUCAGCUUCCACCACUGAUAUUGCGCAGAUCUACAAACAAGAUGAAUCUGUGCAGUUGUUAUACAGAAAACUGGUUGAAGGAAGUCGUGCAGCUUUAGCUAGAUGUAUUACACUUGUGGAAUCCAAACAUCCCACAAAGAAGACCCAAGCAGAUGCUAUUCUGAUGGGAGUGUUAGAAUACAUACAUAGCAAGCAGUCCCAUUCUACGGCUUCCACGUUAUCUUUCAGAAUUGGACUUUCUGGACCACCUGGAGCAGGAAAAAGUACCUUUAUAGAAGCGUUUGGAAAAUUUUUGACAGAUAAAGGGCAUAAAGUGGCAGUAUUGGCAGUUGACCCCUCGUCUUCCACAAGUGGAGGGUCAUUGCUAGGUGACAAGACUCGCAUGCCUCAGCUGUCCGUGGAUGAGAAUGCUUACAUUCGUCCCUCGCCCUCUGGAGGCACUCUAGGGGGCGUGACCCGGACGACCAAUGAGGCCAUACUUCUGUUUGAGGGAGCAGGAUAUGACAUCAUAAUCGUGGAGACAAUGGGUGUGGGUCAGUCAGAGUUUGUGGUGGCUGACAUGGUCGACAUGUUCUGUUUACUUAUACCCCCUGCAGGAGGAGAUGAACUCCAGGGAAUAAAGAAGGGCAUCGUGGAGGUGGCCGAUGUGGUGGUGGUGAACAAAUCUGAUGGGGACUUGGUGGCAGCAGCAAGAAGGAUCCAAGCAGAGUACAUCAGUGCUCUGAAGUACAUGAGGCACAGGUCCCACACCUGGACCCCUCAGGUGACCCGCAUAUCCUCUGUAACCAAGGAAGGAAUACCUGAGCUAUGGGCCAAUAUGAUAGACUUUCGUGAAAAGAUGACGGAAAGCAGAGAAUUAACUAAGAAACGAGAAGAGCAGCACAAGAUCUGGAUGUGGAAUCACAUCAAAGACAACAUUCUGGAUUUAUUCCGUAGUCACCCAUCUGUGAGGAGGAAGGUGCCGGAGCUGGAAUACCAGGUGGCCAAAGGGGUCAUAACUCCUGGCUUGGCAGCAGACUUAUUGAUGAAGGAGUUUAUCAAAGAGGAUAUCAUCAGCUGAGCAAUUUCUGUUAAAAGAUUAUGUGCAGGAGCAGGAGACUCACUGUGACUGUGUGUGGGGGGAGUGGGGGAGUGAUGGAGGGGCGACUAAAAUGUCUAAUCCAAUGAGGGUUCAGAGGCCAGCCUCAGAAAAAGGGCUGUGCUCUACAAAAAGGGAAGAGGCUUCAGUACCCCUCCACUCCCCACAACCAGCUCCACCACACUCCUACCUCCACCUACCACCCUGAGCUCCACCCCACUCCCAGCUCCACCUCCCACCACCAGCUCCACCCCCCACCCCCAGCUACACGCUGCUUAUGAUAAUAAAUGAAGAAGACUGGAUACACCAUAAAACUGGUCGCUUUAAUAUUACUGUAAUUCAUCAAUCUUUUUACAUGUUUGCAAAGUGUUUAUUCAAGCGUAUUCUGAAGGCACUAUUCUGUGUUGGGUGAUAAAAUUAUGGUUUUUGUGAAGCCCUGAAACUGGCCAAUCCAACCUGUAUAGUUUUGUGUCCAAAAUCAAAUUAAAAUGGUGCCUAAAUUGCACUGAAAGUUGAUCUUUCGUAUGCGAAACGGCUGAGGAAUUAUUGGUAACAAUGGCUGUUUAUUACAAAGCCCCAAAUUACAGCCCCUGUAGGGGUUUCCUGCAGACUGUCCACAUUCUUUAACUUCACUUCACUUCCUAGCAAAAGUGCUCUGGCUGCAGUGAAUAUCUGUGAGGUAUCUGUAACGUCAAAUAAAAAAAAAUCAUUUCUUUAAAUAUUGUCACUUUAACGUCAUGUACAUGUUGCCAAAUAUGUGUAUAAUAGGAUGAAUGAGGGGAUAUAGGGGCGGGGGCAGAGAGCAAGCGCAUCUCAUCUAAAGCUCUUUGUAAGGGCAUUUUGAAUUGCAUUCAAAUUCAGCAUCAUAAAUAAAAUUUUAUACCUAAUG